UUUUCUCACGGCGUCGUCGCCUCGCCGGCGAGGUGGGAGAUGAAGCUCUCCGCUACCUUCCGAUCGGCGAAGAUCCCUCGCGCUCUUCCUCCCAAAUCCGGCGAGCCCGCCGCCGCCGCCGCCGCCGCGUCGGCGUCGUGCGCGCCCGGUAGUUCGCCGGCGGAGGCUGCGAAGGGGAAGGCGGCGUCGGGGUGGUGCGUCUACCUCAUCGCCUCCUCCCGGAUCCCCCGCACCUACGUCGGCGUCACCACCGACUUCCCUCGCCGCCUGAGACAACAUAAUGGUGAAUUAAAAGGUGGCGCCAAAGCUUCAUCAGCUGGAAGGCCAUGGAAUCUCGCAUGCCUUAUUGAAGGCUUUGUCAACAGAAGUGAAGCCUGUGAAUUCGAAUCAAAAUGGAAGAACAUCUCCCGGAAAAUGGCACGCAAAAGGAGUGAACCUAGCAUGACCUCAUUGCUGCAACAUCGAGAAAUGGCAUUGAGCAGAUUGAAAACCGAUCUGGCUUGUAGCCAUCUGAAAAUCAAAUGGCACUCAAGUUGAAGUUAUUUCUCUCACGUUGGUAUGUACAUGCAUUUAAAACUAUGCAAAAUGUCAACUGUCUUAUAUAGGAUUUUCAAAUUCCAUAUUUAUGUUAGAAAAUCACUUGUCUUCCAGCUCUUCAACACUGUUAUCUCGCAGAAUGAUGAAGCUGGUUUUUGUAUUUGUUUAUUUAAGAUUAAGAUAUGAAACAUUGGAAAUUAAAGGUCCGGUGCUUUGCAAACAUUGUGUUUCUUUACAUGGAGACUGCACUGGUAUAAAAAAUGUUAUAAUAUAUUAUGAUA